AUGGAGACCUUCGUUAUCAAAACCCCCUCGUCCUCCGCCAACAUCGGCCCCGGCUUCGAUGUCAUCGGCCUCGCCCUCUCCGUCUACCUCGAGCUGCACGUCACCAUCGACCGCGCCCGCGCCACCUCGGCCGAGCCCCUGAACUGCCGCAUCACCUACGAGGGCCAGGGCGAGGGCAGCGCCGACAUCAGCCUCGACCCCUCCGUCAACCUCAUCACGCGCGUCGCCCUCUACGUCCUGCGCUGCCACGGCCAGCGCAUGUUCCCUGUCGAGACCCAUGUCCACAUCAAGAACCCCAUCCCUCUCGGCCGCGGCCUCGGCAGCUCCGGGUCCGCCGUCGUCGCCGGCGUCAUGCUCGGCCGCGAGGUCGGCCACCUCGACCUCGACCUCGACCGCCUCUUUGACUUUUGCCUCAUGAUCGAGCGCCACCCCGACAAUGUCGGCGCCUCCCUCUACGGCGGCUUCGUCGGCACCUACCUCCGCCCCCUCGCCCCCGAAGACACGCAGCGCAUCGAGAUCCCCCUCGCCGAGGUCCUGCCCGCCCCGGCCGGCGGCGUCGACACGGGCGAGACCCCGCCCGCCCCGCCCCACGGCAUCGGCCACCACAUCAAGUUCCCCUGGGCCAAGGAGAUCAAGGCCAUCGCCAUCAUCCCCAACUUCCAGGUGCCCACCCACCUCGCCCGCGAGGUCCUGCCGCCGCACUACACCCGCCCCGAUGUCACCUUCAACAUGCAGCGCAUCGCCCUCUUGCCCGUCGCCCUCGGCACCUCGCCGCCGGACCCGGAGCUCAUCCACCUCGCCAUGCAGGACAAGAUCCACCAGCCCUACCGCCAAACCCUCAUUCCCGGUCUCAGCGAGGUCGUCGAGUCCAUGUCGCCCAGCAACCAGCCCGGCUUCCUCGGCGUCUGCCUCUCCGGCGCCGGCCCCACCAUCCUCGCUCUCGCGACCGGAAACUUCGAGGCCAUUGCCAACCGCAUCAUUCAGACCCUCAAGGACGCCAACCCGAAGCAGAUCGACUGCGAGUGGCGCAUCCUCGAGCCCGCCGAGGGCACCCAGGUCAUUCGGUAG